AUGAGAAGAAAAAAAAACUUAUGCGUAAAAGGCAAGAAUAUAAGAGAUCAUGUGAAAGAAAUUGAGCAAGAGUGCCGACAAUUAAGUAAAUACAUUAAAAGGGUAGAAAGAGAAAGGAAAUUAUUUCAAAUAUCUACAGUUGUGCAAAAUAAAUACAAUUUUUACCUGAACAACAAUUUUCUUAACAGUGUUUCCAUAUAUUCCUCAAACAGCAUCUUUGUUAAUAGCUGUGGAAUUAUUUUCACAUCGAAUACAAAAUUGGAGGAUUAUUAUAACCCUUCUGAAGACGCUUACUGUAGAGCUUAUACAGAGUGUUCUAAUUCGGAUUCCCAAGGGAGAGAAUAUAAAUGUGGAAAGGAUGUACUUUAUGAGAGUAUCUUAAUACAUCAGAAUGAGGAACAAAGCAGGUGGUUACUACAAAAAAAGAAGAACAGAACACUGUGGAAAAGUACAGAAGAAGGAUACCAUCCCAAGCUUAGCAAUUUCCAAGUAGGUGGUCUGCACAAGUAUAAUCAUAGCCAAAAUUGCGAACAGUUAUGGAAAAACCGAAUGAAUGGAAAAAAAACAAACUACAAGGGAUAUAAUUUUUCAAAGAAAUGGAUGAAAGAUAGUGAUUAUUCUGGAGGUACAUAUAAUAACGUGAACAGUGAAGAAUUAGAAGAUGAGCUGAGUGUAGAAAAGGAACGUGAAAGGGAAAAAAUAUACCAAGAUCAUGCGAGUGGUGUUGGAAAAAAUAUGAACAGUCAUGUGAUGAACCAAGAUAUGUACAUCAAUAAUUAUGAACAGUCAGGAGAAAAAGUUGGAAAAAAAAAAAAAAAAAAAAAAAUUUUCAUGACAAGGUUAAACAGCUAUUUUUAUUCCGAUCAGGAGGAGGAAAAUAUGCUCCAUGCAAAUUUUAACACUUUUAUGCAGAACUCUAAUGAAAGAAAUGAAAAGAAAAAAUUGCCACAUGUAAGGCGUGACACGAGAAACAUCAUUAACAGAUUAAGAAACAAGGAUUUACCCCUUGACGGCAAGUUGAUCGAAAAAAUACCUGAAGGGUUAUCUUCCUAUCUGCACACGAAUAGUGCACACAUUGGGGAAGCAAAAAAGAAAAAAGGAAAAAAAAAAUGGCUUGAAAAAAAUAAUACAACGGAAGAACAAACCAUAACCUCCAUAAGUUUACAGGACCAAAGCGAUAACGAGAACAACAUUAAAAAAAAUAACAGAAAUUAUAUAGAUUCAUAUAUAGACAUAAUUAAAGGGAGGAACAUUUUUUCUUUUUUUGAAAACAAAACAAACAAGGAAGGGAAUGCAUUUACCGAUUUUAUGCAAAAUGUAAAAAAAAUUUUCUUCUUUAAGGAAAAAAAUGAAGCACAAAAGGGUAAAUGGAAGAGUGAUGGAGAAAAUAGUGAAGAUAUUAACAUUCUGAAAUAUCAGUGUUUAAUUAAGUCGAGAAAAAUAACAAUUUACUUAUGUGUAUGUCCAAAUUGUGAAAAAAGUUUUUACCUUUUAAUAAAAAAAACUUCAAACAAAAAAAUGAUACCCAAAGUUUUAUCCCCAGAUGAAUUCACCAUAUUAACUGAAAAUUUAAAAAAACAAAAGCAGCAAUUUUUUAAUCAGUACAGGGAAAAUAAAAAUAUAGGAAUUAAAGACAUUGACAAUAAACGAUUCCUUCACUUGGACAUCCAUUCAGUUGAGUAUUUUUGUGACUCAGUAUUUCUCAUCAAUGAGAAUGAGAAUAGAGACAAAUAUUUUUGCAAUUGCUACGUGCGGAUGGACGAGGGGAAUGAAGAAGGCAUAUACAGAGAUAUAAACAUGUUGGCUUAUUUCUAA